UGCAAGUUGCCACUAGUCACACUGAAGCCAAAUUUCUCCACAUUGCAGUGAGCCCCGAGCAUUAUUAUCAAUCAAUCAACGAACAUAUAAAAAGACCGACCCACCCAUACACUGCGAUCUCCUCAUCGUCUUCAUCAUUAUCAGCUCUCUCACUGUGUUUUCCUUGUCUUCUUCACGAAACCCUAAGAACUCUGGUUCGUGAAUCCAUGGCGAAGGUCAAGGUCACCUUGGAGGUCGGGAACGACGGCGUUGCCGUGAUCACCAUAUUCAAUCCCCCUGUCAACGCCUUGGCCAUACCGAUUAUAGCGGGGUUGAAGGAGAAGUUCGACGAAGUCGCGAAAAGAAAUGAUGUCAGGGCUAUCGUUUUGACUGGCAAUGGAGGAAGGUUUUCUGGUGGGUUUGAUAUCAAUGUUUUCGAGAAGGUUCACAAGUCUGGGGAUGUUUCACUUAUGCCCGAUGUCUCUGUUGAAUUUUUGGUUAACAAACUUGAAGAUUCAAAAAAACCUGUUGUUGCUGCUGUGGAAGGACUUGCACUUGGAGGUGGCUUGGAGUUGGCAUUGGGGUGCCAUGCACGAAUUGCUGCUCCAAGAACUCAACUUGGCCUGCCAGAGUUGACACUUGGAGUAAUUCCAGGAUUUGGAGGCACACAACGUCUUCCAAGGCUUGUAGGGCUUCGUAAGGCAGUUGAAAUGAUGCUGUUAUCCAAGUCAAUCAUGUCUGAAGAAGGGAAGAAGCUUGGUCUUAUCAAUGCUAUUGUGCCUUCUCAAGAGUUGCUGAAAGUAUCUCGUUUAUGGGCUUUGGACAUUGCUGAGAGGCGCAAACCUUGGUUGCGCUCUCUUCACAGGACAGAUAAGCUUGGUUCCCUGUCUGAGGCACGUGAGAUACUGAAAGUUGCUAGACAACAAGCCAGGAAGACUGCUCCCAACAUGCCUCAGCACCAAGCAUGCCUCGAUGUGAUUGAGGAUGGCAUUGUUCAUGGAGGAUACAGUGGUGUUCUAAAGGAGGCUAAAAUUUUUAAGGAGUUAGUUCUGUCAGACACUUCAAAAGGUCUUGUCCAUGUCUUUUUUGCCCAACGUGCAACAUCUAAGGUACCCAAUAUUACUGAUGUUGGCCUUAAACCAAGACAUGUAAAGAAAGUUGCUGUUAUUGGGGGAGGUCUGAUGGGUUCUGGCAUAGCUACGGCCCUUCUUCUGAGCAAUAUAUAUGUUGUUCUCAAGGAAGUCAACUCUGAAUAUCUCCAGAAGGGCAUAAAAACGAUAGAAGCAAAUGUUAAAGGAUUAGUAACUAAAGGGAAGUUGACACAGGAUAAGGCACAGCAAGCUCUCUCAUUGCUUAAAGGUAGUUUGGACUACUCAGACUUCAAAGAUGUGGAUAUGGUCAUUGAGGCUGUGAUUGAGAAUGUUCCUCUCAAACAAAAAAUUUUCGGUGAACUCGAGAAAGUAUGCCCUUCUCACUGCAUUUUGGCUACAAACACAUCCACUAUUGACCUCAAUGUAGUAGGAGAAAAGACCAGCUCUCAUGAUCGCAUUGUGGGGGCUCAUUUUUUCAGUCCUGCUCAUGUGAUGCCUCUUCUUGAAAUUGUACGAACAGAGAAGACUUCUGCACAAGUAAUUCUUGAUCUUUUGAUGGUCGGAAAAAUAAUAAAGAAAGUUCCUGUUGUGGUUGGUAACUGCACGGGAUUUGCAGUAAAUCGAGCAUUCUUUCCCUAUACACAAGGUGCACAUAUAUUGGUCAAUUCAGGAGUGGAUGUAUUCAGAAUUGACAGGGUCAUCAGCAAUUUUGGUUUCCCUAUUGGUCCAUUCCAGCUUCAGGACUUGGCUGGCUAUGGAGUAGCCCUUGCAGUUGGAAAGGAAUUUGCUACUGCUUUCCCAGAUCGCACAUUUAGAUCUCCAUUGGUUGAGAUCUUGAUCAAACAUGGACGAAACGGUAAAAACAAUGGGAAGGGAUAUUACAUUUAUGAAAAGGGAAGCAAGCCAAAACCUGAUCUUUCUGUGCUACCAAUUAUUGAGGAAUCUAGACGAGUUACCAAUAUUAUGCCUGGUGGCAAGCCUUUAUCCGUUACAGACCAAGAAAUUCUUGAGAUGAUACUCUUCCCUGUGGUGAAUGAGGCAUGUCGUAUUCUGGAUGAAGGAAUAGUUGUUCGAGCAUCGGACCUUGACAUUGCAUCUGUUCUUGGGAUGAGUUUCCCAUCUUACCGGGGUGGUAUUAUAUUUUGGGCAGACCUGGUUGGGCCUAAGCAUAUAUACGAUAGUCUCAAGAAAUGGUCGGGAGUAUAUGGUAACUUUUACAGACCAUCGAGAUUUUUGGAAGAAAGAGCAAUGAAGGGUGUGCCACUGAGUGCACCCGCUUCGACAUCCCCAUCGUCAAGGUCACGUAUGUAAGCAAGUAAAAAACCUGUUUCCAAGCCGUUGUCGGGUAUAUGUGAUAUUCAGGAAAAUAAGAUUCGAGUUAUUGUUUCCUUGUAAUAUGUAAGGUGACUCUGAUGAUUUCGUAAGCAGUUGGUUUCCAAAAUAAAAAUAUAACCUUUCCCGUUAUUCCUCA